CCAAAUGACAGGCAAAGAUAAUGGGCAUUUUUCUUCCUUCCUGCAAAGGCAACUUAACCUACUCACUAUUCUGCUCUACUCUCUAAGCAAUGAUCAGUCACAGGAUGGAGCAACUCUCAGGUUUCCUGGUCAUACUGGUGCUAACAGGUCCUUUUUUGCUGAGUAAGACUCAUUCAUCUGCAACACCUACAAUUCCUUUCCUUAAAAGGCCAAACACAGGAGAAAGGAAUAGAGAAUUGACUGUAUUGCAAGGGGAAUCCCUUCGUAUAUAUCUCUUCUGUGGCCAGGGAAAUUUAAACACAAAGAAAGUCUGGUGCAAAGAAGAAUGUUUCCAUACAAAUCCUCCAGUCUUCUCAAAGUCGAAAUGGAAGGUUCUAUCUACAGCAUCAAAUGAAAAAGUCAGACUGGGUGAUUUAAGGAAAGGCUGUGCUUCUGUAUACAUGACAACUGUUAAAAUAGAGGACUCAGGACUAUACUGGUUUGGACUUCUGAAUGGCCAGAAAAUUGACUAUUUGUCACCAAUUCAAAUAGUGGUUCUUAAAGAUCUUCCAGUACCUGGUACAACAGUCUCACCUUCUACAUUUAGAAUGUCUUCUUUUGAACGUCUAAGCCAAACAGAAUGGAGACCAAUAGAGGUGAUGGUGGGGCAAGGAAAGAACCUCAGCAUAGUGGUCUUCUGUGGACAGCAGCAUCUGAAAACAGAGAAAGUCUGGUGCAAAGGAGAACUGCUGAAAGAGUGUAUUCUCAAAGCCCCUGUACAGCUUCUGGAACAAGGGUGGAAGUAUCUGACGACUAAACCAAGCCAAAGGGUUGUAAUAAGAAAUUCUACAAAUGGCUGUUUCUCUGUAUUCAUGUCAGAUCUGCAACUAGAAGAUUCAGGGAUAUACUGGUUUGGAUUUCUUGACGGUUGGAAUAUUAUACCUUUUAAAAAAAUUACAGUAAUAGUUCAAGAAGAACAGAAAAAUAUUGGCAAUUUGACAGUUACCAGGGAAAAUAAAUCAAGCAUUUACCAUGUUGUUCUGGUUGCGGGCUCCACUGUAGCUGGCAUAUUAAUUAUUGCAUCCAUUACCACACUAGCUGUCAUGAUGCUCACCAAAAGGAAUGCGAGAGAUUUUACUCCAGGAAACUGAGUUAAUAAUCUACGCAGUCUUAUUCAUUUGAUUAUUUAGAACCUUGGAUGCCAAAGAAAAGCCUCCUUGCUAAUUAUUUUUGUGCUUUUUUGGUUCCCUAACUUAGCUCAUCAACACCAGAAUACUUUAAUCAUAGGGUCCUCAAAGCUAGCAUCAGUGCACCUCCAGAAAUUGUGUUAAUGUGAAAAAAAAUUCCUUUAAAAAUUAAAUGCUUUAUUCCUAUGAAACUCUUUAAUUUAAACAUCCCUAUUUGGUCAAUAAAUUAUUCUUGGCAGUGUCCAUGU